AUGAAGUGGAUGAUCUACAUAAUAAAUGAACAAAUUCCGGAAAGAAAAUCGUGCUUAAGUACGUUCAGAGACAUGUAUUUGGAAGUUAUAGAAUGCUUACACCAAGUCAAUAGAUCAAUAUAUGGUGUGCCAGCCAUUGUUGCUUUUAUUGGAGCAGAUGUUGCUGAAAUCAUACUUAUCAUAUACGGAUAUCUAUUAUUCCCUAGAGACUAUAUCAAUGAUCCUUAUUUGGUAAUGUCUUUCAUAAGGUUGUUGAUGAGAACAGUCAAUGUCAUAGUUUUAUACACAAUUGGUGACACCACCGAAAAAGAGGUAAAUCGGAUGAGUCUUGUCUUACAUCAACGAUCCUUAAUAGAAAAGAACCCUAGAAUUAAACGUCAGAUCAAGUGUUUUUUACUUAGAAGAUUACACGAACACUUUCAUUUCGAGCUGUAUGGAAUGUGUCAUGUUAAUAUAAGACAACUGUUUAGUUUAUCAAACAUAGCGAUUGGUUAUUUAGUAAUUCAAGUUUUGUUCAAAUUGAAUAAAUAA